CGUUUUAAAGAUAAAUUAAUGAUCUAUAUUUUCUAUGAAGAAACUCUUUCCUAAUUCUGAAUAUUUCGAUGUCAAAAAAUUCAUGUUUUACAGACUGUCGAUUUACAGUUUUUUUUAAAAUUUCUUUUCGAUAUUGCCUUAGUAAAAGUGUCAUAUCUCUCUCGAUAUCUAUUAUUUUCAAGCGAUUCUUGUACUGUUAGAAAGAUAAUUCAAUAAUCCAUAUUUUCUUUGAAGAAACCUUUCCCUAGUUCGGAGUUCUUACCAGUCAAAAGUUAGGAUCUUUACUCGGUUAUGGUAUUUCGUUUUAAGUUUCGUUUCAGAAAAAGUGUCUUCAGUAAAAAUUCAAUAUCUCUCUCAAUUUCGAUCCAUUUUAAAAGAUCUUUAUCUCGUUUUAAAGCUUAGGAAAAUAGCUACAUUUUUUAUGAAGAAAGUAUUGUCUAGAUCAGGGUGUAACUAUUUUUAAAACAUUUAUUUUUAGGCUGUAUUCAGAAAUCGGCGUGAUCCAGGAUUUUAAAGAAACUGUUUUGAGAAAACAUGCAUAACUCCUAGAUUAUAGCUCCGAUUUUGAUGAUCUUUAUACCGUUAGAAAGGUCUUUCAAUUAACUAAAAACUUUGUGAACAGUAGGACUUCUAAUUCAAACGUUUUAUAUGUCAAAUUCUAGGUUAAACUUGCUGUACAGUAAGAGUAAUAAAUAUAUUGAGUUUAUCGGUGGACUAAGGGUUUCACUAAUUGUUAUAGGGCCUAGAAGGUAUCGUAAGAGUUAAUUACAGCGGAGUUGAGAUAAGUAAGCCUGUAAGCUUUCGGUGACAAGUUGAGUCUGGGCAGCAUGGGGUGUAUCUCGUGUGAUCAUGUAACUGCGUGUGGUCUUGGCCAUCUUCCGCUGAAAGUUUUUUUUUAAUUUAUUAAACUUAUCGAGGAUGUUGUCGUUUAAAUUUUCUAUUACUUUUCCCUAAGUGGUAAUACUUUAUUUUCAACUGGGUACCCAUGUUUUGAAAAGUGUUUUUUUUUUUUAAAUAAAGGCAACAUUAGUAUCUUAACGCCAGUUUAUUUAUGGCAUCUUAUUUUACGUAAGUAAGGGCGUUACAAAUGGUACCAGAGCCACAGUUACAUUGAUCUUGAAUUCACGCGACAUACACACCAUCGCUGCAAAGGAUCAACUUGUCAUCAAGUAUGUAUGCUUUAUAUAUGUUAUGUCUUAUAUGUUAAAUUUGGUUUAGUCUUUAUCUUUUAAUUUUCCUUUAGUUAGCUAGAAGUUUAGGGUAUGUUAAUCGAAACAAUUAACUGAUUCUUCGGAGUUAGAAUUUUAGUAUAACUCAAACAAUUUUCUUAUUAGUGUAAUUUUUUUUAUGAGUGAAGAUUAUUUAUUUAUUUAUUUAUUUUACAUGGUGAAUUGUUGCUUGAUGAUUUACGUUUUUUUUUAGUUUAUAUAAUUUAGUGUAUAGAUAUUUCCUUUUUGAGCGAGAUACAUCUUUGGUUAUUUUUCUUAUCGAUACCAUCUCCUUUCUUUUGAAGAACAAGUUAAGGGAUUUGAUGGAAAACGGUGAACCCAGAAGAUCAACCCGCUUGAAUGAAAGAGCGGCUGUAAGAGACCGAGCUAGAGGUCGAGGGCGAGGAUGUGCUCGCGGUCGAGGCAGGGGAAACCAGCAUGUCCCUGCCGAGGCGGUGAUCCAGGAGAAUCAAAAUGCCCCUGUAAAUGGACAGCAACCAGGUCAAGGUGGGGGUAACCACGAAGUCCCUGCUGGGGUAGUUGGUCAAGAACACCAAAAUGCCCCUGUAGUGGUGCCACCACAACAAGAAGAUUUGGCGCAAGAAGUUGCUCGUCUCAAGGAAGAAAUUAGGAAGCGAGAUGAAGAGGCUCUCAACCGUCAGGAACAACCCAAUCAAGGACAACAUCAAUUUUUGCCGGUGCAAUACAUGCCUGUGCCGGAGGGUCGAUGGGAACCAAUAUAUGAAAGGUUCCGCAAGCAACACCCACCAAAUUUUGAAGGGGGCUCAGAUCCAAUGGAAGCUGAGGAAUGGUUAAGAACAGUGGAAGGUAUUGUUGAGUACAUGCGGCUCGGUAACGGAGAUAGUGUAGCUUGUGCUGCUAGUUUAUUGAAAAAGGAUGUCCGCAUCUGGUGGGAUGUUAUUAAACAAACACGGGAUGUGGCCGCAAUGACCUGGGCUGACUUUGUACAAGUUUUUAACAAAAAAUACUACAGUGAAGCAAUACGCUCAGCUAGAGUUAAUGAGUUCACAAACUUGAGGCAGGGUAAGUCUACGGUUACGAGUAUGCUCGCCAAUUUGACGAUUAGCAAAGUUUGCCACGUAUCCGGUUCCUACCGAGUUUCGAGGAUUCAUCGUUUCUUGAAGGGCUCGACUCCCGAAUAA